AACGCGGAAGUGAUAACAGACUGAAGCCCCCUGUAAACCAUGGACCUAGCUGUAAACUUGUGUUGGUCAUCGUUGUUACUAAAGUGAACACUAGUGAAAUAGUUAGCACACUGAUUCUUUAAGACAGCAGAAAACGUUGGGGACUUUGUGAUCACCUCCUUGCAGAUAUCGUUUGAAACAGUUAAGAAUCUGCCACUAGAGAUAUGACUCUACAGUGGAAAGCCGUGGCCGUGUUCCUUUAUGGGGAGAUUGGCAUUGUUAUCCUGCUAUGUUUGCCCUUUAUUUCUGCUACAAGAUGGCAGAGCAUAUUCAAGCUGAACAUUUGGAACAGUGUGGCGAGGUUCUGGAACAAGGGGUUUCUGGCCAUGAUCAUCUUUCUUAUUGUUCUCUUCCUUGACGCCGUGCGAGAAGUUAGGAAGUACUCCAACAUGGAGCCUGGCAGAGAUCCAAAGGUUGGCGCGGUCCGGUAUGACCACGUGUACAUGAAGCUCUUUGGAGCCCAGCGGAACCUUUACAUCUCUGGCUUCUCGCUCUUCCUCUGGCUGGUGGUGAGGCGAAUGGUCACCCUAAUAAACCAGCUGGCCACAUUGCACCUCACCUCCGCCGCCCUCCAGAUACAGGCCGACAGCAAUAACCAGGCAGUCAUAAAGAACAUGGAGAACAAUGAGCUUCUAAAACAAACCCUGACUGAAGGGAAGGGGGAUAAGUCUACCACAGAGGGCAGGGAGCAGUUGAAGAAAGAGGUGGAGAUGCUUAAAGAAGAAUUAAAGACCUCAGGCGAAGCGCUGAAGGAGUCCCAGUCAGAUGCCGAGGCGGUGAAGAGACAGUCAGACGGAUUGGCCAGAGAGUAUGAUAGCCUUCUGAAUAAGCACCAACUGCUACAGAACACUGAGGACAGUGAAGACAAAAAGGACAACUAGUUUUGAUGGACACUGGCUUCAAUGCAAACGUUACAACAAUACGAACCAUAUGAUCCAACACACGACGUCUUGGGUCAAGAGAAUCAAAAAUCCAACCAUUAUCAUCUUGGACGCAGAGCUGCCGUGCAUGAUAUUGUUUUCCCUGGCAUAAGAUAACAAUUGAGCGGAACGAUUGCGUUCUGUGAUGUGAUGGCUCUUGCUGUUAUGAAGUACAAUUAGUAUAAUGCUGGGAUAAGGGCGAGCCUGGCCUGUUAGGCAGUGUUCACAGUGAUGCAUCCAAAUAAAUCUGAGAGUUUCUUGGACCAUUUAACCAAGUUCUGAUGCUA